AUGCAUCACCAGUCUAAAAGAAGCCAUCACCCUCAAUGUGAAGGUUUACGGGUCUUCGGAGACUCACAACUCAUCAUCAAUCAGGUAAAUGGCGAUUGGAAGACCAAGGAUGAAAGGCUGAUCCCGUAUCACGUCUAUCUGGAGAAUUUAAUUGAAGAAUUCAAGGAGAUCACAUUCUCUUACAUGUCCCGAGUCAAGAACCAAUUUGUGGAAGCUUUGGCUACCCUCGCCUCAAUGUUGGAAAUACCAAAAGGAGUCGCGGAAUGGGAACUCACCGUCGAACUCCAGGAGGAACCUGCAUUUUGCCUACAGAUCGAUGAAGCUGAACCUCCCUCGAAUGAUCGGCCAUGGUACAUAGACAUAAAGAAGUACCUCGAACACCAGAAGUACCCGGAAGGAUCAACACUAACCGACCAUUGCACUAUCCAACGGUUAGCGGCACAAUUCGUGAUCACUGGGGGCAUCCUUUACAAGCGAUCCUUCAACCAAGUCCUUCUCCGUUGUGUGGAUGAGACAGAAGCGUUCCAGUGCAGAUCUCUUGAAACUGGUUGCAUUUCGGCUACAUCAAAAGGUCUGGCUCUCACUUCUUGA